GGAGCCAGAGCCCGAGGGAGUGGAGCCUGGGGGAGGGCAGGAGGCAGAGUGCAAGACUGACUUCGAAUCCUCCCUUUUACGAAUCCCUCUGGGGCUGACACCUCCCGCUGUGCCUCCUUGAACUCAACUCCUGGAUCCCCGCCAAAGCCGGGAGCCCCUCCCCUCCCCCUUCGUCCUGGAACUCUGCAGCUGAGGGGGAUAGCUGGGGCCUGAAAGAUCGUGAGGCCAGAACGGAGCUGUACGGACAGCGCCAGAGUGCGAAUUUCCUGCGGGGUACAAUGUAUCCACGGGCCUGCUCUGAGUCAAGGCCUGGAAAAGAUGGAGGAGCUUCACCAGAUGGACAGACUGGGAGUACUUUGCUGCCUCUAUAGGGAGCCUCGAGUCCCAGGGAUGACCUUUGAGAGAGACGGACUCCCGGCCCAGGAGGUGGUUUCGUUCAAGGAUGUGGCUGUGGACUUCACUCGGGAGGAGUGGCGCCUCCUGUCCCCUCCCCAGAAGGAGCUGUACAAGGAGGUGAUGCUGGAGAAUGCCCGGAACCUGCUCUCUGUGGGUCUGUCAGCUCCCCCAGAAGACAUGUUCUCUUCUUUAGAGCAGAGGGAAGCCCCAUGGAUGCUAGAGAAAGAUGACCUGAGGAGUUGCUGCCCAGAAGGAAAGAUGAGGCCUGAAAUGAAGACUAAUUCAACAGAGGUGAGCUUCUCUGUGGAAGAAUUGGAUUUAGAAAAAUUCAUGAGUCAUGGUCCCAAUAAUUUUGCUUUCAGAGAAUUCUGUGUUGUACCUAAAAACUCAUCUCAUAUUGAGAAUCAAAGAAUGCACACUGAGGAAAAAUCUAGUGUAAAUAAUAAGUGUGGAAAGACUUUUAUGCCCAGGGAGAGUCUAUAUAGGUAUCAGAGAAUUUACACUACGGAUAAACCUUUUGAAUGCCAUCAGUGUGGAAAGGCUUUCAGUCGCAGCUCCAAUCUUGCUGUACAUCAGAGAAUCCAUACUGGGGAGAAACCUUAUGAAUGCCAGCAGUGUGGAAAGGCAUUCAGUUGCAGCCACUCUCUUGCUGUACAUCAGAGAAUCCACACUGGGGAGAAACCUUAUGAAUGCAAGCAGUGUGAAAAGUCAUUCAGUUGCAGCUCCAAUCUUGCUGUACAUCAGAGAAUACACACUGGGGAGAAACCUUAUGGAUGCAAACAGUGUGGAAAGACUUUCAGUCGGAACUCCCAUCUUGCUCUACAUCAGAGAAUCCACACUGGGGAGAAACCUUAUGAAUGCAAGCAGUGUGGAAAGGCAUUCAGUUGCAGCUCCACUCUUGCUGUACAUCAGAGAAUCCACACUGGGGAGAAACCUUAUGAAUGCAAGCAGUGUGGAAAGGCAUUCAGUUGCAGCUCCACUCUUGCUGAACAUCAGAGGAUACACACUGGGGAGAAACGUUAUGCGUGCAAACAGUGUGGAAAGGCAUUCAGUUGGAACUAUCUUGCUCCACAUCAGAGAAUUCACACUGGGGAGAAACCUUAUGAAUGCAAACAGUGUGGAAAAGCAUUCAGUCGGAUUUCCACUCUUGCUGUACAUCACAGAAUCCACACUGGGGAGAAACCUUAUGAAUGCAAGGAGUGUGGAAAGGCAUUCACUUGCAGCUCCACUCUUGCUGUACAUCAGAGAAUCCACACUGGGGAGAAACCUUAUGAAUGCAAGCAGUGUGGAAAAGCAUUUAGUCGCAGCUCCAAUCUUACUGUACAUCGGAGAAUCCACACAGGAGAGAACUCUUAUGAAUGUAAGAUAUGUGGAAAGAGAUUCAGUCAGAGAACCUAUUUCACUUUACAUCAGAGAAUCCAUACUGGUGAGGGACCUUAUGAAUGUCAGCAGUGUGGAAAGACAUUCAGCCAGACCUCCAGUCUUGCUGAACAUCACAGAAGCCACACUUUGGAGAAACCUUAUGAAUGCAAGGAGUGUGGAAAGGCAUUCAGUUGCAGCUCUGCUCUUGUUGUACAUCAGAGAAUCCACACUGGGGAGAAACCUUAUGAAUGCAAGCAUUGUGGAAAGGCAUUCAGUCGCAGUUCCAAUCUUGCUGUGCAUCAGAGAAUCCACACUGGGGAGAAACCUUAUGAGUGCAAGCACUGUGGAAAGGCCUUCAGUCACAGCUCCCAUCUUGCUGAACAUCAGAGAAUCCACACUGGGGAGAAACCUUAUGAAUGCAAGCAGUGUGGAAAGGCCUUCAGUCGCAGUUCUAAUCUUGCUGUACAUCAGAGAAUCCACAUUGGUGAAAAAUCUCAUGAAUAAUCAAUGUGGAAAGAAAAUUUGUCAGAGCAAUUCUCUUUCUGUUCAUCAGAGAAUCCACACUUGUUGAGGAAUGUUAAGAAUGCAAGCAGUUUGAAAAGGCAUUCUGGGAGGGCACCACUCUUACUGCACAUCAGAGAAUGCAUACUGGAGAGAAACCUCAUGUAUUCAAGAUAUGUGGAAAGAUGGUCACACACAGCUCCAAUAUUGCUUUUUGAAGGAAAUUUACCAUCCCCCUUUCUGGAGCAGCCUACCUGGUGUGAGCUUGACCUUGGAUCAGAGGCAUGAAUUGUGUGAUAGAAACCAUUGAGUGAUGAUAGAAUGGCAAUCAGGAAAAGGAAGAAAUAGAUAUAAGAAAUCACAAGAUGGGUGUAGGAUGGUGUCUCCUGCACUGUCCCCUGUGGUGUCACUUGUGAGAGUUAGAAGGCAGAGAAAAGGUUUGAUAAAUUGAGGCAAGAGCAGAUUUCCAGGUUCUUCCAGUUUUGUUAAUCCUAGACUUCUUUGUAAGCAUGGCUAGGGUGCCCUAAUGGUGGUCAAAGACUAUCAAGCUAAAUGGAGCUGAGGAAUGUAUCUCUCUCUAAUUUUUCCAUCUUUUCCCCCUACUGUCUUAUAUUAAAUAAAAUAAAUUUAAGGCAA